UGGGAGAGAGGGGUUAGGGUUGGGGUUUGGUGGGGGAGAGGAGAUGGAGGAGAACGAGCUCGAGGAGGGCGAGGCGUGCUCCGGACCGGAGGAGGUCUCCUGCGUCGACCCGGACGUCGCCCUUUCGUACCUCGAUGAAAAACUUCAGGAUGUAUUGGGACAUUUCCAGAAAGACUUUGAGGGCGGAGUCUCCGCUGAGAACUUGGGGCCAAAAUUUGGAGGAUAUGGCUCAUUUUUGCCCACUUACCAGCGUUCACCUUUAACUUUGCCCCAACCGAGAAGCCCACAUAAAAUACCAAAUCACAAUGGUUCAAGAUCUCCUUACAACCUGGCGUCGGAGAGUGCAUCUAUUUCUAGAAACAACAUAUCUUCUACGGAAAAUUCGGGGAAAAAGGAUAAUGGGGAGUCUGCUCCAAGUAGAUCUGUUAAUACUAGUGACCAGAAGUCAUUGAAAGUUCGCAUCAGAGUGGGCUCUGAUAACGCUUUGGCAAGAAAUAAUGCUGCUAUUUACAGUGGUUUGGGCCUUGAUAUUUCUCCUUCUUCCUCGCUGGACGAUAGUGCUGAGGGGAGCGGGGAGCUUUCUCCUGAUUUUGGAGACAUGGAUGAUGAAUCGCCCCGGACAAUUCUUGAGAUGAUGACGUGCUUUUCUGUUCCUGGUGGGUUUUUAGUCUCUCCACUUCAAGGAAAUGUGCUGCAAUUGGCAGAAAAAGCGACAAAUUUCUUAAAAAAGUCUAAAACAAGCACAGUUUUUAAGAAUAUUUCUAAACCAUGUGAACGCCUAAAUGAUUUAACUCUCCCAGCAAAAGAUGCCAAAGGCCAUGCACCAAAGAAGACAAAGCCUGAUGAAAAGAAAGGGGGGUAUGUUGGUGUGAGGAAUUCAAAUUGCUUAGAUGACAUAAGCACAACUCUGAAUAGAGAUAUUGAUGCCAAACUUUCCGUUGAAGGAGAGGAGAUUUCUUCUGAGUUGGCUGAUGAAUCAGCAAAGGGUGCCAGUGGGAUGUUAGGUCGCUCGAAGGAAAUGGAAAGUGCUUCUGGCAAAAGCAGGAUAAGCACCUCUGAAUUACCAAAAAAUAAAUUGGAAUUCAUGAGCGUCAUGGACGGAAAGGGGGCAGACAAUCCGGAAGAUGGGGAUGCUUAUUUAAAGGGGAAAUUGAACUCAAAAAUAAGCAAAGUAGUUAAAGCAUCGGAAGGAAUCACAGAUAGCCACAAAGAUUCUCGGAUUGAUAUCCAAAGAGAAAACAAAGUAGUACAGAAAUAUGGUGAUACAGCUAAAGUUGAUUCUGAGAUGUAUUAUGGUAGGAAGGAUCAAACUUACAGAACUAUUUCAUGUGAACAAGAUGGAGAAAAGGUCAUGCAAGGAAAGGAGGAAUUUUUUGACAUACAAGGUAAACAGGAGGGAAGUCAGAUGAAUGGUAAAUCAUCAGUUGAGUUCUUGAAGGACAACCAGGGUGUUCAGUCCUCUAAAGCAGUAAAAGAAAAGAAGAAAAGCUCUCAUGCAGGAACUGAUCAGUCUGAAAAGCAGCCUAAAGUUAAAUACCGUAAAGAGAUGAGUGGUGACUUCUUGAAAGAAUCUCAUGGAGGUGUCAUGAGUGGUGCAUUGGAGAAUGAAAGUAAUCUGCGAGAUUCACAGCAAAAAAGUAAGCCAAAAUCCAUGGAGGCUGAAAAUGUGAAGGAAGUCAUGCAUGGGGAAACAUCAAGGGACUGGUUAAGCAGUAGAAAGAUUGAUAAUAAUUCAAUAUCUAAGGAAUUUGAUAAUAGGCUAAUACAAAAUGCUUCAACUGCUAUAGAGGCAAUUGCUCCGGCCCCUGCUCCUGUUGUAAUUGAGGAACAUUGGGUAUGCUGCGAUAUAUGUCAAAAAUGGCGUCUAUUACCUUAUGGGACCAACCCAGAUCAUCUUCCAAAAAAGUGGCAGUGUAGCUUGCUUAACUGGCUACCUGGAAUGAAUAGUUGCAACAUAAGCGAGGAAGAGACAACAAAAGCUCUGAAUGCAUUGUACAUGGUUCCAGCCCCUGAAAGUGCUGUUGUUUUAGAUGCUCGUCAUGAUCUUCCUGCUUCAAGCGUAACUAUGGCCGGUGCUCAACCGUCUAAUCAAAGAAGUGAACAUAAUAUGCUGUCAAUGGGCACAUCUGUGAGGAAGAAAUAUGGCCCCAAGGAUGGAAUACCCAAUCAGUCAAGCCUAAUGCAGGUUUCAAAUUCUCUGAAAAAGAACCCUCAGGUCUCUAUGAAAAACAGCAAAACUGCCGUGGGUCUUGAGAGCAAGUCGUUGGACUUCACCCAAGAGAAGGAAAAGCCCAGGCCCAAGAAGCACAAGAACCUGGAAAUUCAUCCAGAUGGAGGAGAUCUAAUUGAAAAGAGUAGAAAGCAUUCAAAAUUGAAGAGCAAAAGAGUGGUUGAUCAAGAUGAUAUCAGAGCAUCUAAAAAAGUUAAGAAAGAAGACCUGCACAAAUCUGCUGAUGAUUGGCACCCAGACUUAAAUCUAGACAAAGAGACAGUUCCAAUUGCAAGUACUGUUCCGUCGACUAAACAAAUGGCAAGAUCUUCACAGAAGUAUGGUGAUGUUGUUUCUAAAGGCCAUCUAUCUACAUCUUCAAAGAGGUUAAAAUAUGGAGACCAAAUUUUAUCGAAUAGGGAGAACGUAGACUUCUUUAGCAGUUCCGACAUUGAAAGAUCUGGAAAUAAGCCAGAGCCUUCUGCAAAGAAGAGGAAAGUGAAAGAGUGGCAGGAGAGUCAACGCAAUGUGGAUGAUCACGUUGGCAGCCAGCAGCUUUUGGACAGCCAUAUUGUUGCUAAUGAAGCCUCAUUUGUGAGAAAGGUCUCAAAGGAAAAGUCAUCAAAAGUUGCGAGGUCUGAAGUAAAGGGGACCAUGGAGGCCAUGGACUCUUCUUUGAAGAGGGAAAUGGCUUAUGCGCAGGCUUCUGCAGGAGCAGCUACGUCGAGCUCUUCGAAAGUUUCCGGCUCCUUCAAAAGUAAAGUUAAUGUUCAGGAACAAAGAGGCUCUCCAGUAGAGUCAGUUUCUUCAUCCCCAUUUAGAGUUUCUAAUGCUGAGAAGAUCUUUGACAAAAACUCCAUCAUGAAGGAUGAAGCUAUGAAUGUUGUUUCCUGUAAAGUGGGUAACCCAAAAAGAUGGUCAGAUGGCGAAUUACAUUUGAAAAGGGCUUCCCAUGAUGAUCUGCUACCCUCCGAGACUGAAAAGAUAAAAGUUGUAGGUGGAUUAGAUAUCAAUAGCAGCUACGUUCAUGAAACCCCAGAUAAAAGGCAUGCUCAGGAUUUUGAUAAGACGAAUAAUAAUAGAAGAACAGAUGGUAUGAGUCAUCAAAAGUCGGGGAAAAGUUCUUUUUCACGUUCCAAGGACAAACUUAGAAACUAUAAAUCUGAUGUUGACAAAGGUAAUUUUGAAGUUUCUGGAACCUUAAAAGAAAAGGUGGAUGAUGUUAGGGAGAAAGAUCAGCAUGAUUUACUGCAGAAACGUGAGCAUAUGGGGAACUAUUAUGGUGUAGGUAGAAGGGAUAAUCACUUGAAUUCUGGAACCCAAGAAAGUUUGGAGGAAUAUAGGCCUUCCAUGCGUUCUAAGCAGCACAAGGAUUUUGACUCAAGAGCUGCUUUUACAGAAGCAAAAGGUGGUAAUUCUGACGUGCAUGAAGACCUGAAAAUAAAACCAUCUUUCCGAGAUGAAAAAUUAUCAAUUGAUUUGCUUUCGGAUCAAAAUGGUCAAGCAGAAUUACCAUCUGUAACAGACAAGUUGCAACCUAGAGCAAAUAAACAAGAAGAACAAACCCGCUUUUCUCAAAUGGCCUGCUCACCUGUCAAGGCUAGUAGAGCAGAACUAUAUUCCACUGAUGUUGUAAAUUCUGAUUCAUCAAAAGGGGCCAAACAAUCAAGAAAGCCUGACAUUCCAAAUGGAAAGCCUGGUACUCUAAAUGGAGUUCAACAUAACAGUUUGAGGCAAGCGUUACUUAAUGGUCAGGAUUCUUCAAGUCCACUUAGGAAGGAUGGCCAUUCUGCUGCAGCUAUUGUCUUGAAAGAAGCUCGAGAUUUGAAGCAUAGAGCUAAUCGUUUGAAGAUUGAAGGAAAGGAACGAGAAGGUAGGGGCCUAUAUUUUGAGGCCGCCUUAAAAUUUUUACAUGUUGCUUCUCUUUGGGAGCCCCUUAGUUUUGAUAGCUCGAAGCAAGGAGAUACAGCUCAAUCCAUGCAGAUGUACUCAGAAACUGCAAAACUUUGCGAGUUUUGUGCUCAUGAAUAUGAGCGAUGCAAGGAAAUGGCUGCUGCUGCUUUAGCAUAUAAGUGUGUUGAAGUGGCCUAUAUGAAGGCUGCAUACUACAAAUAUCCUGGUGCAAGCAAAGAUCGACAUGAAUUGCAAGCUGCCCUACAAAUGGUUACACUAGGAGAGUCUCCAUCAUCCUCUGCUUCAGAUGUAGAUAAUUUAAAUAACCAGUGUACAGCAAGUAAGGCUGCUUCUGCUGCCAAGGGUGUAAAUUCUCCUCAAGUUGCUGGCAAUCAUGUAGCUACUCGUAACCAUCACAAUCUGAUCCGGUUGCUUGCUUAUACAAAUGAUCUGAAUUGUGCAUUCGAAGCUACUAGAAAAUCACAGGCUGCUAUUGCUGCGGCUAUUGCCAGCAAUGAAAAGGAUGGGGCUGACAGCAUCAUCUCCAUAAGAGAAGUUAUCGAUUUCAAUUUCCACAAUGUUAAAGGGCUACUGCAGCGUGUACGCCUUUCACUGGAGUCCAUCACUAGAUAAGCUUUUGAAAAGAUUGAGGAAACAUGAACCCUGUGAAUAGAAGCUGUAGGAUAUUUCUCUCGUUGCUUCUUGCCUCUCCUAUUCGCUGCACAGUGAGGCAAAAUGUGGAAUUUCGUUUAAUUUCACUUCUUUAAGAGGUUGGGCUUCAGCGGCGAACUUCCUGUAAAAAUGUACAUAGAGAUGGGUGUUUAAUAUCUAGAAAGUAUUCUUUGCGGCCCUCAAUAAAAUGAAUUAUAGCAUGGAUAAAGUGAUAUCAGAGAUGCUGAAAGUGAAAUGGUUUGACUAUAGACAGGAUGUGUGAAGAUCACACCACAAGCGAGGUUGUAUAAGUCUCUUCAGUACGAGUAUAAACUUUUGGCAACUGUAUAUAUAUUAUCCUCAUGGGAAGUGAUGCACAAAGUAAUAACCAAUUAUGUUCUGUUAAGCUCAUUUUGUUCCUACAUGAGAUGUAUCACCACAAAGAAAUAUUUAUGGAGUUGUGCGAAAUUGACUUUGGAGAUUAUGGUUGUUUUCUCCAUUCUGGGAGACAUGAUCAAUAUAUUAAGCGGUUGUGUCUGAGAGAAACUUGUGGCAGCCUGUAAAUAUUACGUAUAACAUUGUCCCUUUUAUGUUAUUAUCCAUUAAUAGUUGCGGUUCUAAUACUCUCCGAACAGGGUGGAGGAAGCCAGUUAAAAUCUCAAUUAUGAUGCUAAUAAAAGCUAGAGUACUACUUUCACUGUCUCAUUGGCGCUGCGUCAACAUCACAACAGCCGCUGAUUGCACAUUGCUUCGCUGUUUUCGGAUUGGCAUAGUGAGUUUCUGCUAGCGAAAGAUGUAGAGAGCACGGAUUUGUGUGGAUUAAGCACAAAUAGGCGAUCUCGUUACGACACUUCUGAAGCGGACUACCUUCACCAAUGAUGUACAUAAACGUUAAUGAAUCGGAUCAAUUCACAUUUACAAUAGAACAAUCCAGGCACUGCGUUAGUUUAUUUCCAACUAUAGACGGUUUGCAUGUAAAAUUGUAUUGCUUUCUCUUGAGCUUUACGAGAAGUUUUAAGUUUAAUUUUGGUUCUCACCAUUUAGGAGUGUUACAGGCAGAACAGUUUUAGCAUAUUAUAUGGAGUAUUUGUAGCUCUCCAUUGAAUCGAGGCCUAGGCAUUUUCGUUGCUUUAUUCCUUGUUGUUGCUUCUUAGAACAGAAAAAUUACUAUUCCACUACUAAACCGCGGAAUUUAAUGUGUACAAAGCCUGCUUUAUUUGUC